AGUCUGUAGGAGAGACCCGCGGAGGACCCGGAACGGUUUCUGCACAUCACGAGUGACUGUGAGAGAACACUGUUCAUAUGAAGCGUGGUCUGGGCGGCCGCACAAUAGCGUGUUCCCGCUCUCUUCUCUGAGAUCCUGGAUCUUCCUCCCCUUCCUUCUCUCUUCCCCGCACUUCCUCUUCCAGGUUCCUCCUCUGCCCCGCGGACCACCAUGUCCUCCUCCUCCGGCCUCCACUCGCUCGCGUUCACUUUCAGCCUCAGUUUCCUCCUGGCCUCCAUCUUAGGCCUCAGCCUGGGACUUGAGUUCAUGGGCCUGUCCAACCAGUGGGCCCGCUACCUGCGCUGGGACGCCAGCACCCGCAGCGACCUCAGCUUCCAGCUCCGGACCAACGUCUCCAGCGGCCUCCUCCUUUACUUUGACGACGGCGGCAUCUGCGACUUCCUGUGCCUGUCCCUGGCGGACGGCCGGGUCCGGCUGCAGUUCAGCAUCGACUGCGCGGAGACCGCGGUGCUGGCCGACAAGGCGGUGGACGACGGCGGUUGGCACUUCGUGACGGUGAGCCGCGAUAGGCUGAGGACCACGCUGGUUCUGGACGGAGAAGGCAAACCCGGGGAGGUGCGACCGCAGCGGCAGCACAUGAAUAUCGUCAGCGACCUCUUCCUGGGGGGCGUUCCCGGGGACAUCCGCUCCGACGCCCUGACCCUCGGCGCCGUCCGCGACAUUCCCAACUUCUCCGGAUUGUUACAUGACCUGAAGUAUGGCAACUCCGAGCCCCGGCUGCUGGGAAGUCAAGGCGUCCGCCUGGACCAGGAGGGUCUGUGCAUGGAGAACCCUUGUGAAAAUGGAGGCGCCUGUCUCCUGCUGGACGGUGAGCCCACCUGCGACUGCACGGCGACCGGAUACGUGGGCAAGUUCUGCUCCAACUUAGAUGCCAAUGACCUGCCAGGGCUGGCCCAUAUCAUGAUGGAGGACCAAGGUACGCUCCCUACCUCCCCCGUCUGGUCCCAUCGCUCUCCAUCUCUCACACCUCUUCCUUGUGUUUGCUGUGUUGCUGUGUGA